AUGGUAAGUGAUGGUAGUAGAUAUGUAUCUCUAGUGGCGGGGGUGGGAGGCGGGGGCAAGCAGGGAGUGUCACACAAGACUGCCUGGAGGAGACAACAGCUGGGACUUGUGAGUCUACUGCACUCUCUGCUCAACAGGCUGUAUAAGCAUGUGGACUGUCACAUGGUAAGUGAUGGUAGUAGAUGUGUAUCUCUAGUGGCGGGGGUGGGAGGCGGGGGCAAGCUGGGAGUGUCACACAAGACUGCCUGGAGGAGACGACAGCUGGGACUUGUGAGUCUACUGCACUCUCUGCUCAACAGACUGUAUGAGCAUGUGGACUGUCACAUGGUAAGUGAUGGUAGUAGAUAUGUAUCUCUAGUGGCGGGGGUGGGAGGCGGGGGCAAGCAGGGAGUGUCACACAAGACUGCCUGGAGGAGACAACAGCUGGGACUAGUGAGUCUACUGCACUCUCUGCUCAACAGACUCUAUGAGCAUGUGGACUGUCACAUGGUAAGUGAUGGUAGUAGAUAUGUAUCUCUAGUGGCGGGGGUGGGAGGCGGGGGCAAGCAGGGAGUGUCACACAAGACUGCCUGGAGGAGACAACAGCUGGGACUUGUGAGUCUACUGCACUCUCUGCUCAACAGACUGUAUGAGCAUGUGGACUGUCACAUGGAAGAAAGUGCAACGGCCUUGGAAGAUAUUGAGCUUUCCCUGGAACCAGUCAAUGAAAAGAACAUUCUGAUAAAGUCACAACGUUUGGCCACCCAGUUCUCUGCAGUGGCUUUAUUUCUACAAGCAAUGCUGUUAGAAACGUUUCCAGUGGCUAAAGCUGUUGCACCAGACGUAAUCUUGGAUGUUGUUGCUCAUGCUCAGAAAGCAACGUUGGCAACACUGGGUUCCACUAGGGAGGCUCUGGCUGUCACUGCAGUACUACCAACUGUACAAAUAGCUUCACUGCGACUCUUGGAGUCUCUAGUAAUGUGCCUGGGGCGCAACUUGGUACCUCAUGGAGGGUUGGUUGGUUACCUUUGUUCUCAAGUCAUCCAUUGGAGUCAUCAGAAGCAUUCUGACUGGCCUUACGCCAUGAUCAAACCGUACAGUCAGACGAGACAUGUCGCUUACUGUUGUCUUCAAUCUUGGCUCAGCGUGGCCGGAGCUGCUAGUCAGCUGGAUACUGUGGUGGACAAACUGCUCCCUCCACUGUUGGCUGACAUACACGCAGAGAAACCCUCCGUUAGACUACGGGUGGGCUCCAAGGCAUCCAAGGGUAAGAAACGACAACAAGUGUUGGUGAGUGAUCAGGAUCGUAGCGAGAAGCUCAGAGACGAGACGGCUAACCACAGACUGUGUGAGCGAGCGUUGUUGACUCUGGACGCUCUGGUGGGAGCUGCUGUGUCACGGCUCAAACCUGAUGUCAUCUCGAGCAUCACUGAAACAGUGUUACGACUAGUGGCAGACCUGCCAGUGCCAUACAGUCAUGUCAACUGCUUGACUGCGCUGUACCAGCUGUUAUUUACUCUGUGCGUAGAGCCUCACCCGAGGUUGGUACCACCGUUACCGCAAGCUAUCACUGCGUUCACGGCCGGCUCACACCAUCCUUUCGGUUUGGUAAGACAGACUUGUACCGCUGCUUUGAGGUGUUUGGACAGAAUCAUUCAUCCAACGGCCGCCUCACUGUACUUCCCUGUGAUACAGGUGGAGACGGAUGAUCAAGACGAGGAAAACCCACCUUUGAAAAAAAUGAGAAUCGAACCUCCCAAUGAGACCCAAUCCAAAACAAUGGAAACAGAGGAAAAUGAAAUGGAACACAGAGAAAUUGUACUUGAAAAGGAAAUCAAAAUAACAGAAUGUACUUUGGCUGAUUCAGAAACAAUAGAAUUGGUUCAUUUAGAUCAUCCAAAACAGGUUAUUGACAUAGCUGAGGGGGAUGACGAAGACAACGAAAUUGAAGUGGUGGACAUUACUGGGGAAGAUGAAAAUGUCAGUAGCACUUCCAAUGGUGCUGAAGAAGGAACGUGGAGUCAAAGUGGUGGGACGGAAGUAGGGGAAAGUUCUCAAACUGCAGAUUUUGAGGAGAAAGGAACUAGAAAUGAUGGUGUAUAUGAAAAGGCUAAAACUCCACCUUAUAUUAGAAAUGAAGAUGAAUUGGACUCGACUGGUGUAGAUGCGGAAAAAGAUCAAGAUGCUGACGUAUCUCAAAUGUUGAUGGACUUUAAUGAUGAAGUUAAUGAUAUGAAUUAUGCCUUUAAAUCAGGACAGUGAAAGAGUGUCCUGUCCACUUUUAAUUUUUAUGAAACAAUUUUUUCAGUU